UUUAUCCUAGCCAGGAUUACGUAACCGAUCUCACAGACAGAACUGCCCCUCGCUAAACCAUAUCUGGACUGAUAAGAAGAAAAAUACGAUAAGAGUUUUGAGCAAACCCCUCGAUAAAGCCAAACCAUUUUUUUUCUUCGAUACCAAUUCAACUCUUGCCCUUGGGGGUCGUCGUAAACCAAACAAGUGAAAUACCUUUGACAUCUUUAAACUCACAUAUAGGGCUAUUGACGAAGGAUUUUUAAAUCGACCAAGAUGUCGGCCACGAUAGAGCAGGCCGAGGCCCCUCACAAUGUUUACGACACCAUCCUGGUCUUGGACUUUGGAUCCCAGUUCACGCAUCUCAUCACCAGGAGAUUGCGAGAAUUGAAUGUCUAUAGUGAAAUGCUUCCUUGCACUACCAAGCUAUCUGAAUUGAGCUGGAAACCAAAGGGAAUCAUUCUAUCUGGUGGCCCGUUCUCGGUUUACGAUCAGGAUGCCCCUCAUGUCGAUCCAGCUUUCAUAGAUCUCGGUGUUCCUAUCCUAGGUAUAUGCUAUGGCCUUCAGGAAAUAGCAUGGAACCUCAGCAAGGACAAUGUCGUUGCUGGUACUAAGCGAGAAUAUGGACAAGCGGAUCUUACACCCCAAUGGCACAACAGCCAUGUCGACAGACUCUACCAAGGUCUGACCAACGAAGGAAGUUUGCGAGUUUGGAUGAGUCAUGGUGAUAAGCUAAGCCAGCUACCCGCUGGUUUCUGCACCAUCGCUACAACUGAGAACUCCCCUUACGCCAGUAUUGCGCAUGAGACCAAGCCAAUGUUUGGAAUUCAGUUCCACCCGGAAGUCACACAUACACCUCGUGGUACUGAGCUUCUGAAGAACUUCGCUGUCGGUAUCUGCGGGGUUAAACAAGACUGGACGAUGACAGACUUCCUCGAGAAGGAGGUUACCCGAAUUCAAAAACUCGUCGGAAACGGCCAAGUUAUUGGAGCUGUCUCAGGUGGUGUUGAUUCUACUGUCGCGGCCAAGCUGAUGAAACUCGCUAUCGGCGAUAGAUUUCACGCUGUGCUUGUCGACAACGGUGUAAUGCGCCUGAACGAAUGCCAACUAGUAAAAGAAGCACUCGGUGAGCAUUUAGGAAUCAACCUUACAGUUAUAGAUGCCUCGCAAAUAUUCCUUUCAAAACUCAAGGGUGUACUCGACCCUGAACAAAAGAGGAAGAUUAUUGGCAACACUUUCAUCGAUAUCUUUGAGGAGGAAGCCAUUAAGAUUGAGAAAGCCGCCGAAAACACACCUAACGCAGGAAAGGUGGAAUGGUUCCUUCAGGGAACAUUGUACCCAGAUGUUAUUGAAUCGAUCUCCUUCAAGGGCCCUUCGGCAACUAUCAAGACACAUCACAAUGUUGGUGGAUUGCCGAAGCGAAUGAUGGACGGACAAGGCCUCAAGCUCAUCGAGCCUUUCAGGGAAUUAUUCAAGGAUGAAGUUAGAGCCCUUGGUCGUGAGCUAGGGAUCAAUGAGGAGCUUGUUAUGAGACAUCCCUUCCCCGGUCCUGGUAUCGCUAUCCGUAUCCUCGGCGAGGUCACACCGGAACGCGUCGAAAUCGCAAGGAAAGCGGAUCACAUCUUCAUUAGCAUGAUCAAGGAGGCUGGAAUAUAUAACGAAAUCAGCCAAGCCUAUGCCGGCCUUGACACGAAUAAGGCUGUCGGAGUUAUGGGUGACAAGCGCUACGAAGGAUAUCUUUGUCUGCUGCGUGCGGUUACGACCAGGGAUUUCAUGAGUGCCGAGGCCUACAAGUUUGACAUGGACUUCCUCAUGAAGAUUUCUACGCGCAUUGUCAACGAGGUUGAAGGUGUGAGCUGCGUGUUUUAUAACACGACGAGCAAGCCGCCGGCUACUAUCGAGUUGUCGUAGGGCAUUGAGUUUUGUAGCGGGCACUCUGGUAGCGAUGAAAAGGGGAAGGAUAGGUUAGAAACCCAGUAAAAGUAGACGGAGUGAAUUUUAAGAUCAGGUCUAGGGGUAUCAUCGUAUGCUAGAUACGGAUAAGAAAGGUACCGAAAGGAUUUCACAAGCACGGGAAAUUUAUGUUUUAAUAAACUAACAAAAAAUGCGAUACAAUUUAACCUUUUAGUUCGGGCCUAGAUAGGUCACUCUUUCCCGUUUCCUAUGGUGCGCCAGAGCACUUCAGGAACAAGUAUUGGUUUGCGAGAAACCU